GCUUUGAGAGAGAAGGCUUGUGAGCUGAGACAAGAGGAGUUCUUCAGCUGAACUGGAGUCAAACUAUAUAACAAAGAGAAGACACAGAGAACAGGGGAACAACAGGAGAGAAACAAAGGCUGAGACCCGUAGAGAGAAAAAGAGAGAAACUGAACAGAAGAAGAAAGAGGGGGUGUUAACCUCUUGACCCUACAAACAUCAACCAGCAUCUUGUAUCAUCAUGGACACAGACACCAGCCUCAACCAUGCAAACAGCUCUUUACAGCAUCCAGACAUUGAGUUGUUCUCUUCUGAGGAAGACAGCAGUCUCUACUUCACCUACAGUGGAGGUUGCAAUGAGCUGGAGGUCAACAACCUGCAUUAUGAGGUGGACACAGCGGCUCAGAUCCCCUGGUAUGAGAGGUUAUCAGAGUUCAAGUUGCCGUGGGAGAUAAAUGGAAACAAGCAGAUAGCCAUCAACAGGCUCAGCCUCCGAGUCCACAGCGGGCAGAUGCUGGCCAUCAUUGGCAGUUCAGGUUGUGGUAAAACAUCUUUGCUGGACAUAAUAACAUGCCGUGAUGAGGGCGGUACAAUGACGUCCGGUCAGGUUCUGAUUAACGGGAAGCCAAACACGCCCCAGCUGGUGAAGAAGAGCAUCGCUCAUGUCCGCCAAGAUGACCGCCUUCUUCCUCAUCUCACCGUCCGUGAAACUCUCGUCUUUGUUGCCAAACUGAGGCUCCCCACCCACUUCACACAGGCUCAGAGGGACCAGAGGGUGGAUGAUGUCAUUGCAGAGCUGCGGCUGCGACAGUGUGCUCACACCAGAGUGGGAAACGACUAUGUGAGGGGUGUUUCUGGAGGAGAGAGGAGGAGAGUCAGUAUAGCUGUCCAACUUCUUUGGAACCCCGGCAUUUUGAUCCUGGACGAGCCCACGUCAGGUUUGGACAGCUUUACAGCCCACAACCUGGUGAUCACACUAUCCCGCCUGGCCCGGGGAAACCGUCUGGUCCUGCUGUCGGUCCACCAGCCUCGGUCAGAUAUCUUUCAGCUCUUUGACCUCGUCGUCCUGCUGUCAUCGGGUUCAGCUGUUUACUGUGGCGCUGCUCGUGACAUGGUGCCUUACUUUACUGCCCUGGGAUACCCCUGCCCACGAUACUGCAACCCCUCUGACUUCUAUGUUGACCUGAUCAGUAUAGAUCGGCGUAGUCCGGAGCGAGAGGCCGAGUGUUUGGAGCGGUCCAGAGUUCUGGCUGAGCAGUUAAUGGAAAAGGUCAGAGACACAGGCGAUCACAUGUGGAAAUCAGCUGGGACCAACACAGCACUGACACAAACUGAAAGCCCUCAGCAGCUGAGCAAAGUAAUCACCAUUUCCGAUCAAAGAAACAGACUGCCUGGCCGACUACACCAGUUUACGACCCUCAUCAGGCGUCACAUGUAUAAUGACUUCAGAGACCUGGUCACCUUAUUGGUCCACGGCUUUGAGGCCCUCCUCAUGUCACUGCUGGUUGGUUUUCUCUACUACGGGGCAGGAGAAGAGCGUCUGUCCAUUCAGGACACAGUGGCCCUCCUCUACAUGAUCGGAGCGCUCACCCCAUUCGCUGUGGUGCUGGACGUCAUAGCUAAAUGUCACACAGAGAGAGCCAUGCUCUACCACGAGCUGGAGGACGGCAUGUACUCUGUCACCUCCUACUUCUUUGCCAAGGUCCUGGGGGAGUUACCAGAGCACUGCGUGUUCACGCUGGUGUACGGCCUGCCCAUCUAUUGGCUGACCGGUCUUAACGAGGCGCCGGAUCGUUUCCUGCUAAACGUCCUGUUGGUGUGGCUGAUGGUUUACUGCAGCCGAGCCAUGGCUCUGUUUGUAGCAGCUGCGUUGCCCACCCUGCAGACCUCAGCAUUCAUGGGCAACGCCUUGUUCACUGUCUUCUACUUGACCGGAGGUUUUGUCAUCAGCCUGGAGAAUAUGUGGCUUGUGGCUUCGUGGCUCUCUCACGCCUCCUUCAUGCGUUGGGGGUUUGAGGGCAUGCUGCAGGUACAGUUCAGAGGCAACAAGUACCCCGUCACCAUUAGAAACAUCACCAUCCAGGUUGACGGCAUACACGUGGUGGAGGCCAUGAACAUGAACCAAUACCCUCUGUACUCAUGCUAUCUGGUCCUGCUGGCAGUCUGUCUGGUCUUCAUGGUGCUCUAUUACGUGUCCCUAAAAUUCAUCAAACAGAAGUCCAGUCAGGACUGGUGAACACAUCUGGACCAUUUCCAACAAUUAGACCAAACGCUGUCUGAAAUCACCCACACAACAUCAGUCAGGUUUUCAACUUUAGGAAGUGUUUUUUGCAGCAGUGGAAGGAUAAAGUGGGUUCUAGUUCGACUGGUUUGACACUGAGCCAUGCUUUCCAUUGUUAUUCUACUGUUCUUAUUAGGAUGUUUGACAGUAAAAAAAGAAAGUGCUUAAUUUAGGGGAGAGAAGUACAAUGUAUGUUUUGAAUUGACCUUUUCACAAUAAUCUCAAAAUCAGAAACUCCUGCACUCUUUUUAAUGGUAGAAACGUGAAAUAACAUUCUUAAAGUCACCCUUCUUGAUGUUUGAAAUAAUUCCUAAAAGUGCAGCAAUUUCUCUUAUCUUUGACUAGUCAAUACAUCUCAACAUAUAUCUAACAGUUUAAUAAUGGGAAUAUUUGGAAUUUGGGUAAGAAAAUAGGUUUUGGAGAAGCUCUUGUUGCAGUACUGCUGUCUGCUGCUGGAUGGCAGCAGAGCAUUGUACUAACAUCAAAGUUAAAAUGAUAAAUUUCUUUCUCCCUCUUCUCUGUCUUGGCAAAUGAUUAGAGCGCUACUUUGGCAGAUAUCCAUCUACAGCUUUUGCUUGUUCCAGUUUCAAUCUUCUUUUUUUCUACAGCUUUAUCUUUUUUUCUAUAUGUAAGGUUAUUAAGCUUAACAAUGUGUGUGCCAGUAUAGGGAGCACUGGAGAAAAAAAAAAGCCUAGUAGAUUUAGUAAAUCACACUCAGAAAAAAAAGAGCUUGUACUUGUGUCCUCAUAGAUUGAAGAUUAUGUAAGCAGUGUGUUUUUGCACUGGUGCAAAAGCCUGAUAAAUAUUUUAUUGACGUGGUAUGAGUCCAAAUUAGUAAAGUAUUAAAUCAAACUGCUCCAAUUGAGCGUGUUUAUUUUUGUCUUCAUACUCUCUCUCUGCUACCCUUUGACCUGGUUAUACAGUUAAAUGGCGUUUUAUUUCAGCACUACACAAAACCCUUAGAAAUGGUUCUUCAUGUAAAAUCAUUAAGGAAAUAUUAGGUGCAUGUAACACCAUAAAAAAAA